AUGGCGAGCUUUUUGUCAAUAUGUGUGCGGCGAACAACCUCGUUAUUGGCGGAUCCUUAUUUCCGCACAAACCGGUCCACUGAGAAUCAGAUUGAUCAUAUAACAAUUAGCCAUAAAUGGCGCGGUUCUCUCCUGGACGUAAAAUGCAAACGAUGUGCUGACAUUGCAAGUGACCACCAUCUAGUGGUGACAAGUAUGCGCAUCAAAUUAGCUGCAGUAGAUAAUAAUGUCCCAACAAUCCAGAAAAAAUUCGAUGUGAUCAAGCUUAGAAAUCCGACAGUAGCCUCAAAUUAUAAUAAUGCAUUACAACAAUCCCUAUCAUCAACAUCAUUUAACCAGCGUAAAAACUGGCAAAAUACUAAACGCAUUAUUACUGAUGCUGCCAAAGCUCAUAUUGGGUAUAAAGCACACAUACGUAAACAGUGGAUAUCUGACGACACAUGGUCACUUAUAACGAAGAGAAAAUACCUAAAAGCCGCCCUCAACUCUGCUAAAACGCGAAACGUGAAAGCUAAUCUUCGUUCGCAGUAUACUGCUGCAGAUCGUCUGGUAAAACGUAGCGCACGCAAUGAUAAACGCACUUGGGUAAGCAACAUAUCAACAGAGGCUCAAGUGGCAGCCGAUACAAAUCGCAGCGGAGAGCUCUACAAGCUCGUUAAAAGGAUAAUAAACAAACCUAGCAUAUCUGGAAGGCCAAUAAGAUAUGACGAUGGUAUACUUAUAACAUCCAAAGAUGAACAGCGUGAUCUAUGGGCUGAUUAUUAUUAUUCAAUGCUCUCCCCGGGGCCAAACUACGAUCCAAUAUUUAAUUGUACUACCCACGAUAACGUAUUAAAUAUCUCCACCACCACUCCUUCGUUAUCUGAUAUUGUAUGCGCAAUCAAGACGAUCAAAAACAACAAAAGCCCUGGAAAUGACAACAUAUCUCCAGAACUUCUCAAAAUAGAUCCUUACACAAGUGCACAAAUCCUUUUGACCUUAGUAGAAGAUAUAUGGAUUAACGAAAACGUUCCCGAAGAGCUUAAGAAGGCAUAA